GCGUCUUCAGGCGGCCCUAACGGAAUGGAGGGGGUCCCGGUCGUACUGCGGCCGAGCCGAGCCGGGCCGGGCAAGAACUCGCUGACCGGCCGUCUGCAGCGAGGCUGCUGACCGCGGUUUAGGCCCGAGGCUCGGGGGAGCGGGGAACGUCCCGUCGCUGGCAUUUCGUCAGCUGUUUGGUCGCCCGGGACGUCAAUCACCUCACCGAGGCCUCUGACCUACGUGUGACUGGGAGAUCCGGUUCUAUUUUAUGAUUGGCUAUUCUGCCCCACCUGAGAGUUCGACACACCUGAUUUGCUGCCAACUGCCGCACGCUGUGCAAUUUGUCCCCUGUGAUUGGGCGCAUGUGGUUGUGAGCUAUUUUGAUUGGCUGUGUACUGAAUCAAGCCCCAUGAUUGGCCGAAUGUCGCCCUCUGGUGUACGAUUGGCUGCAAGUUGUACCAGACUUGGAAGCUGUCGGAGUCUGCAUUUGCUUCCCAUCUCCCACCGUACUGGGCUUGACUAAACUAAAUCAGGAGUUUGCUGCUGGAGCUCGAGUCAGGGAAAUGUGUUUCUUGAUACUGCAACGUGUAGUCCAACUUAAUGUCCACUGGAGAGCAGAAUGGACGGGAGAGCCGGCCGGCUCGGGCUUGCUUUUCUCCUGGCAUGGACUCCUGUCCGCUCGCCUGGCUUCCGAUUCCUCCCACACCGCUUACGAAGCCCCCACCUCUGGCCACCGGCAUCAGGCGACUCCGAGGACUGCAGGCCCGAUUCCCUCAGCAACCUAACCAGCAGAUCUUCAUGAAGGCUGCGCCAGUGAAGGUGUCGGUGACGGGAGCCGCCGGGCGGGUCGCCCACUCCCUGCUGUACAGCAUCGCCAAUGGAGAGGUGUACGGGAGACAGCAGCCGAUCGUCCUGGCGCUGUUGGACAGCCCCUCGAUGGCGGAAGCGUUGGCCGGGCUGGCGAUGGAACUGCAAGACUGUGCCUUCGAACUCCUUCGAGGGGUGACGGUGACGCACCGGGAGGAGGUGGGCUUCGGGGAGGCAGACGUUGCCCUGCUGCUCGACUCGCUGCCAGCGCAGGACGGGGUGCAGCGGGCAGAUCUUCUCAAGGCCAACGCCCUGAGGUUCCGAGCUCAUGGCCGCGCCUUGGACGCGUACGCCAAGAAGACCGUCAAGGUCCUGGUGGUGGGGGACUUCGCCAACACCAACUGCCUGGUCUCCAUGAUCUCCGCACCUUCCAUCCCUCCAGAAAACUUCACCUGCCUGGCCGGGCUGGACCAGAACCAGGGCGUCCAACAGCGGGAAGCAGCGGCGGUCCGGGCACGCCAUCUCCCCCGUGCUGCGUCUGUUGCCAAAGCCAUCUGUGACCACCUGAGGGUCUGGUGGUCUGGGACGAAGCAGGGAGAGUGGGUGUCCAUGGGGGUCAUCUCCAGUCGGAAUGGCUACGGAGUUCCCGACGGGCUCGUCCUCUCCUUUCCCGUCGCCGUGCAGGACGGACGCUGGCAGAUAAUCCCAGGACUCCACCUCUCCCCCCUGCUCCGGCACAGGAUGGCACUGACCGCUCAGGAGCUGCUCACCGAGCGGGAUAUGGCCCUGAUGUUUCUGGCAAGGAGCAGACUGUGAGGACUCGCCAGCCGGGGCGGGAGAUCCGAGCAGGGGGAGCCUGUGCCCGAGGGGCCGCCCAGUGAGGAGAUGCCCACGCUCGGUAACCCUGCGGCAUCUACCUGCCAUCGGCACAUGGUGGUCGGAGUGGGCGGCCAGGGGCUCUCGCUCGCUCAGUAAGUCUCUUUCUGGACUGGGACGCAUCAUCUUCGUAAAGAUGACGGGAGUGAGACAGAGGGUCUGCCUGAAUAACCCGUGGUGCAUUUUGUCGACGGUGCAAACUGCGGCCACCGUGGUGGGGGCAGGCGGUGUUUCGGAGGGUGGAUGGGGAGCUGCACCGUUUGUGAAGUAGCUCUAAUUUUGGCCCGACGGUAUUAAACGCCAGAGGUUCUGCCGGUGCUGGAAAUCCAGAGCAACACACGCAAAAUGCUGGAGGAACUUGGCAGGUUCCUCCUGGUCCAAGGCCCCCCUGUUGGUCACAGUUAAUCAUGGAUGCUGCGACCGAGCUGUUCCCCAUGUAGCACACUCCAUGCAGCUGAUGAACCCAGCGGAACGGCAGAGACCGUUACAGUUUGGCACCGGGAGCGUUGAACUCGACUUAGGACUGCCUCAGGGGCUCCAGCUCCGGAUUUUACUCCCAAAGUCUUCCUCGUGAAUGUCUGUAGCCACAGGGCAGCGGAGGUCUGAGAUCAGAGUUUUCAUUCUCCUCGACGAGCUGCCAACCACGGGCUGACCAGCCCCAUCUGCCCAAAGCAACUGGUAACCCACCUUUGCCCCUUCUCCUGGUAGUGGAAACUGUUCCGCCGGGCUACACGUGAAGGCCAGGAGCUGGGCUUGGUUGUCAGAGGCUGUUUGAGACGCACGCCAUCGGGAUAGGUUGCGGGAGCUUCUCCCCAUUACCGGCCCCCACGAUGACACCCUUAAGGAACCAAGCAGCAUCUGUGGAGGGGAAUAAACAGUUGCCGAGACUGAAACUGGCCCUGGAUGCAGGACAGAUCUGUUCUGACCAAUCAGUGGGUUGGAUUAGGGUCCAAAUUGUCGUUCUUACAGAGAUUUCUCUUGUCGUUCUACCUUUCCGUAUGCUUAUUUUUGAUCUUUGUAUAAUUAUCUGUAAACUCUUAGUGACUUCUGUGUUUGCUUCUGGACUUGUGGGUUUUUUUGCCUGCAGAGCUGAGAUAAUUUAGUGCCUGCUAAACUGGUUUCUCAUCUAAACUGGGCCAGAGGUGUUUACAAUGCAAAUGCAAACCGGGUGCUCGCGUUCCUUGUCUGCAGCUGCGUACACCUUGUUACAGUGUUAAUUCCAUUGUCAUUGCCAUGUCGGUCCAUGUCCUCUCCCGCGGUGAGACCACUCUCAGGUUGGAGGGGGCCAACAUCUCAUACUCCGUCUGGGAUACCCUCCAACCUGGCAGCACCAACGUCUAUUUUCCCCAACCGCCCCCUCACCUGCCUAUCACCUCCUGUCGAGGCGCUGGAGCAGGGAGCCAAUCGUAGACCCAGUACUGUGCAUACAGCAAAGGUAAUUGAGUAACAAAUCCCAAGGUGCAGACAAAGUCAAAGUUCAGGCAGAGGUCAAAACAUCCAGAGAAAUCAGGAAACAGGCAGAGUCGAUAUUCAGAUAGACAGAGUACAGAUACAAAUGCUGGAAAGGCUCAGGAAAAUGUAAUGGCAACAAACGGUGAAAAUACAGAACUGAGCAAUAAACAGAGAGGCAGAUGAUAGGUGGAGCACACUGAGACACGGGUGGCAGCGAUACAGGUAAUGAUGAGAGACGGAGUACUCAGUGAUACAGGGGCCGGAGCAGAGCAGGAGCGAGGACAGGAGCAUGUGGCACUGACACCUUCCUCUGGUUCCCCUACCAGAUUCCUUCUUCUUAAGUCCUUUACCUCUUCCACCUAUCACCUCCCAGCUUCUAGCUUCGUUCCCCACCACCCCACAUCAUCUGCCUUCUGGCCGGUCUCACCUAUCACCUGCCAGCUGGUGUUCCUUCCCCUCCCGCACCUUCUCAUUCUGGCUUCGGCCCACCGCAGUCCUGAUGAAGCCCCUCUCCACAGAUGCUGCCUGACCCGCUGAGCUCCUCCAGCAGUCUGUGUGUCUGCCUUGCUUGCUGCUACGGGCUGACUCUGCCUGUACUAUAGAGUUACAGUGAACUACGGCGCACAAACAGGCCCUUCAGCCCAUCUAGCCUGUGCUGAUCUGUUUUUCUGGCCUGGUCCCAUCUAGCCACAUCCGGACCAUAGCCCUCCUUACCCCCCCCCCCCCCAUCUAAGCUUCUCUUAAGUGAUGCACUCGGGCCCUCACCCAUCACUUCUGCUGGCAGCUCAUUCCACACACUCACACCACCUUCCGAGUGAACUAUAGUGAACAAUUGUGGAGAACAUCUAUGGGGAAUUAUGGUGAACAGCUCUGGUGAUCUGUGGUGAACAACUGGUGAACAUCUAUGGUGAAUGGCUGUGAACAUUUAUGGUGAAGAUAUAGAAUGAACUAUACUGGUGAACAUCUAUGGAAAAUUAUGAACAACUAUGGGAUCUGUGGUGAACAUCUAUGGUGAAUGACUAUGGUGAUCUGUGGUGAACGUAUGGUAAACUUUGGUGAACAUUUAAUAAAGGGAUCAUUACCAGCA